GCCGUUCGGUGCCUGCGCAGUGCGGAGCGAUAGUGUGUUGCUGUGGGAGCAGUUGCAGGAACCUCCUUCCACCAGGGCUCAGUGUGGACUAGUAGUAGGGAAAAGGAGUUACCUUAACUGAAGAAAACAUCACUGUCCAACCAGGACCAGCUUUGAUCACCCCUGAGCUCUGCUGGUGGCAAUGUCCCGUGGGGCUGGUCUCUCCACUGCUGCCAGAGUCAACCUGCUGCUCUUGGUGGUCUCUGCAGUGCUCUCCUGGUCAAGCCUAAGUGACAGAGUGCCUGAGUUUGCCCUUACAAAAAUAGAAGAGAGCGACAUAAAAGAUGACAGUGGGAAAGAGGCGGUAGCAGAAGAUGAUGCUGAUCCUGAAGACCUGGAAGUGUUUUACCCCACACAUCAGUGGCAAACCCUCCGUCCAGGUCAGGCUGUUCCUGCAGGGUCACACGUACGACUGAACCUGCAGACAGGAGACAGAGAAGUCAAGCUCCCAGAUAGUGAAAAUGGGAAAAGUGAUACAAGAAAAGAGAGAAGAAAAAAAAGACUGGGCAAGGUGGAUGUCGACUCAACUUCAUUCACAUCUCAGGAGCUCAAAAAGGCACUGGCUAAAAUGAAGGAAAGUGAGAAGGCAGAAAGAAAGGCCCAUGAGGAAGAGGUGAGGAAGAAGUUCCGGCCCAUUGAGCAGCUGAAGGAGGAGUUUGAAAAGAUGAACAUGAAGAUGGAGACAGAUUAUGAAAUUAUGGUGAAAUUACUCAACAAAUUCAACAGCUCUGCCUCCACGCUGGAUGAAAAAGUAGCUGCGCUUUAUGAUCUUGAAUAUUAUGUCCACCAGGUGGACAACGCUAAGGACUUCCUCUCCAUGGGUGGACUCCAGCUGGUGAUCCAUGGGCUGAACAGCACCGAGGCCACGCUGAAGGAGCAUGCUGCCUUCGUCCUGGGAGCCGCACUGUCCAGCAACCCCAAAGUGCAGAUAGAAGCAAUCGAGGGGGGGGCACUGCAGAAGCUGCUGGUGAUUCUGGCUACGGAGCAGCCCCUGUCUGUCCGGAAGAAGGCUCUCUUCGCUCUGUCCUCCAUGCUGAGACACUUCCCCUAUGCCCAGCAGCAGUUCCUCAAGCUCGGCGGCCUCCAGGUCCUCAGGAGCCUCUUCAGGCAGAAGGGGAUGGAGCCGCUCCAUGUCCGUGUGGUGACACUGCUCUACGACCUCAUCAUGGAGAAGAUGCUGCUGGAGGCCUCGCAGCACGGGGAGCACGUGGAGGAGAAGCUGCAGCAGUACCGGCAGGUGCGGCUGGUGCCGGCGGUGGUGGAGCAGGACUGGUGUGAGGUGGUUUCCAACCUGCUGGCCAUGCCGGAGCACGACAGCCGCGAGAAGGUCCUCAAGAUGGUUGGGGUGCUGAUGGGCUUCUGCAGGGAGCGGUACCGCGGGGACCCGGUGCUCAGCACCACCCUCAGCAUCCUGCGCAGCGAGUACGAGGAGCUGGCGGCCGAGGAGCAGAGGGAAGGGGACAAGGACGGGUACUUCAUGGAGCUGCUAGGCUCUGUCAACACCAUCAUCCAGGAGCUGAGCUGAGAGCAGCUCAGUCCCCUCCAGUCCAGGUACUUGAGGGCAGCAGCAGGAUCUGGAUGGCACCAGUGUAUGUGCACCUCUGAAUAAACACUGGGCUCACUGAGCUCCCAGCACCAUGUGAGCGCCAGCAGCCUCCUUAAUACAG